AUGAAAGAACUUGGAGAAUUAAAUCACUUUCUUAGAUUAGAAGUGGAAUGCACAAAGGAUGGAGUGUUCCUAUGUCAGCAAAAGUAUGCAAAAGAUUUACUCCAGAAGUACGGAAUGCUCAAUUGUAAAUCUCUUGCUCUUCCAAUUGAGAUCAACACCAAACUAAGUAUUUCAGAAGGCAAAGAUUUGGAGGAUUCAAAAAUGUAUAGACAGAUAAUUGGAAGUUUAAUCUAUUUGACACUAACAAGACCAGAUAUUGCAUUCACAGUUGGAGUAGCAAGUCUAUUCAUGCAGAAUCCAAAAAAGCCUCAUUUGGAAGUAGUUCGAAGAAUUUUGAGGUAUAUUAAAGGAACAAUUGAUCUCGGGUUAUUUUAUAAAAGCAAAGUUGAUUGCAAAUUAGAGGGCUAUUGUGAUGCUGAUUAUGCUGGUGAUUAUGACACAAGAAGAUCGACAACAGGCUACAUAUUUAGUCUGGGUUCUAUAGCAAUUACUUGGUGUAGUAAAAGACAACCAAUGGUGGCACUCUCAACCACAGAAGCAUAG